AGAGCGGGGCUCGCGCGCCGGCGGAUCUGCCUCCAGCCCUGGGGGCCCGGGCUCCCGCGCCGCCUCCUCCGCCUCUCUAUAACUGGCAGGCGGCGCAGCGCUCGGUGCGGGAGCGCUUCUCCUUCAUGUUCAAUAACGAGCUGCUGAGCGAUGUCCAUUUCGCGGUGGGGAAAGGCCGGGGCGCCCGCCGCCUCCCCGCUCACCGCUUCGUCCUCGCCGUCGGCAGUGCCGUCUUUGACGCCAUGUUCAACGGCGGCAUGGCCACUAGCUCUGCCGAGAUCGAGCUGCCCGACGUGGAGCCCGCGGCCUUCCUGGCGCUGCUCAGGUUUUUGUACUCAGAUGAGGUACAAAUUGGUCCUGAGACUGUGAUGACAACUCUGUACACAGCCAAAAAAUACGCAGUGCCUGCCCUGGAGGCCCAUUGUGUGGAAUUUCUCACCAAACAUCUGCGAGCUGACAAUGCCUUCAUGUUACUUACGCAGGCACGCUUGUUUGAUGAGCCUCAGCUUGCCAGUCUCUGCUUGGACACAAUCGACAAAAACACCAUGGAUGCAAUUAGUGCCGAGGGCUUCACAGAUGUCGAUCUUGAUACACUGUGUGCAGUGCUGGAACGAGACACUCUGAGCAUCCGGGAGAUUCGCCUCUUUACUGGAGUGGUCCGCUGGGCGGAGGCAGAAUGCCAGAGGCAGCAGCUGCCAGUUACCCCCGGGAGUAAACAGAAAGUGUUGGGAAAAGCUAUAACACUGAUCCGGUUCCCGCUGAUGACCAUCGAAGAGUUUGCUGCAGGACCUGCUCAAUCUGGUAUCCUCUCUGACCGAGAGAUUGUUAAUCUGUUUUUACACUUCACUUUGAAUCCCAAGCCACGGGUGGACUAUAUUGACCGGCCACGCUGCUGUCUGAGGGGGAAGGAGUGCAGCAUUUGCCGCUUCCAGCAGGUGGAGAGUCGCUGGGGGUACAGUGGGACCAGUGAUAGGAUCAGGUUUUCAGUGACCCGGAGAGUGUCUGUUGUGGGUUUCGGGCUGUAUGGAUCUAUACAUGGCCCAACAGAUUACCAGGUUAACAUCCAGAUCAUUGAAAAUGACAAGAACGUAACACUCGGACAAAACGACACAGGGUUUUGUUGUGAUGGGUCAGCGAAUACGUUUAGGGUCAUGUUCAAGGAGCCCGUUGAGAUAUUACCAAAUGUUAGCUACACCGCCUGUGCGACACUCAAGGGGCCUGAUUCCCAUUAUGGCACGAAGGGAUUGCGGAAGGUCAUUCAUGAGUCUCCCACGACUGGAAUCAACACUUACUUUGUCUUCUUCAACGUGCCGGGAAACAAUAAUGGAACGUCUGUGGAAGAUGGACAGAUUCCAGAGAUCAUCUUCUACACGUAGCCUGGCUUGGAGCACCGAAGUUCAUCUUGACUGACAGGGAAACAGCUGUUUAACGCCGCGCUUGGUGCUUUCUGUUUCACUGCUUUUUUUAUUCCCUUUAGAGAUGAUGCCUGCCAUAGGCGAAGAGCAGUGGGAUUAAAGCCAGCGAUAAUUGAUGAUUUGAGCCUCCUGAGAUUUUCUUCAUAUGGAGAGAAGCGAACACAUGCCCGUCAGGUUUAGCAGAAAAUGUUUAGUGAGAAGGGCCGCAAUGGACUGGUAAGCAGCACCAGUUCCAAACUAUACAGAAUAACUAAUAUAACCAUUACAUGUAACUCGUAAGGUCACCAGCAGGACAUAAGUUACUUAGGAGAACCUUUGAAUGGGUGCCGCUUCUUGCAGGAGUUGUGUUUUCUGUCGGGUUACAAAACUUCUUCUUCGUUGCAGAGUGGGCACUGUUGAGUUCAUUACAAUAUUUAUUACAGUGAUUAAAACAUUUGUUGAUCCCAUCAUCUUCGCAGCACUUGCCAUUGCGAGCUGAUCACAUAUAAUUUUUAAACCACCUGUUGAGGUGGCAUUGGGAAUGGCCAAGAUACUUUAUGCUUUGUGUUCACUCACCAAGGACUGCACUUCACUCAACACCAAGCUUCAGAUGGGGGAUCAUUGCCUGGAGAAUCUCAAUCUGUCUUCCAUCACUGCCAGCCUGCUGCUAAAGCCCCUCCUGGGGUGUGUCAGUGUGCACUGACUUGCCCCAUUUUAUUGCCCCCUGCUAUGGAAGUGCCUUAACCACGUUUAUUAACUCACAGCAGGGAACUCGCUGUGUGUCUGCAGUUAUUGACAAGCCAAGUCCUGUUGCUGGUUGUGACUGGACUGUCAGUGCAGAAAUAACUCCCCACCCAGGUACAAGAAGGCAGCUUAAAGCUUACUUUUAAUAGUUAAUGGAGAGCUGGGAAAUUGAAGGGUCACCUGAGAGACCCUCACAUUUUAAUUGGUGCCAGUCUUCAAAGACACUUCUGUGUGUGGGACUAAUCUGCUCAAUCCAUUUCUUCCUAUCCAAUACAACAACGUUCUGCCAAAAUGUUUAUCCCAGACACACUACUCAAUUUAUUCAAACAUCAUUCUUGGGAAAUAAUAGCUCAUUAGUAGGAUUUUGAACAUUGCUGAGUUUUUAAAAUGUUAGAAGGAGUUGAUAAGGUAGAUGGAGAAACUAUUCUCUUUGUGGGGGGGAGUUCAGAACAAACCUUAGAACUGGAGCUGGGUCUUUGAUGGAUAAAGUUAGGAAGCAUUCUUACACAAAGGGUAGUGGAAAUCUGGAAUUCUUUUCCCCCAAAAGCUGUUUUAUUCCCUUUAGAGAUGAUGCCUGCUAUAGGUGAAGAGCAGUGGGAUUAAAGCCAGCGAUAAUUGAUGAUUUGAGCCUCCUGAAAUUUUCUGCAUAUGGAGAGAAGCGAACACAUGCCCGUCAGGUUUAGCAGAACAUGUUUAGUGAGAAGGGCUGCGAUGGACUGGGGAGGCUAAGAGGAGACUUGAUUGAAGCUUUGAAAAUCAUUCGGGGGCCAGGACAGAGUAGAUAGGGAGAAAUUGUUCCGACUCGUAAAUGGAUGGAGAACCACAGGGCACAGUUUUAAAAGUGUUUUGCAAAAGAAGCACAUGCGAGAUGUGUCGGAAGAAGCAGUUGGCGUGGCCAUCGCAGCCCCCCCAUCUGAUGGGGAGGCGAAUGCAGAACUGGUUCGCUAUCUGGCCAAGGUGCUCGAAUUGAAGAGAAGUGAAGUUGUCCUGGACAAGGGUUACAGAUCGCGUGAGAAGGUGGUGAAGAUUCUGGCUCCAUUAACCCCGGAAGAGGUACAAGAAAGACUCAAAACCACAGCUGCCACAAACUAGUGCAAAAAGCUUGGGGCAGGAGGAGCAACCUUGCUAAUGCCCUUGAUAACAGAAUAUUACAUUAAAACUUCAGUGUUUAAUGGAAGUGUACAUGAGAUUACUGUGGACAGUGUGUCUCAUCAGUCAUUGCAUUCAAAGAAUCUUGGAAGCUCUCACACGAUCCAUCAAAUUCAGGUGUCAAACUAUCCAGGUUCAACUGAUUUUUGUCAGUUUAUAUUUGGGACUACAUGGAUUGGGACCUGCUCCUGACUCUAUAUUAAUUCCUGCAUUGCUAAGGGUUAUCCUGUGUGAAAAUUCAUCCACAAGGACCUCAAUUCUGUCUGCAUUGCAUAAUUUUUAAAAAUGUGUUAUGGUCAACAAUGGGUUGAGAUAUUCUGUCCCAGGAUUGAAUUCUUAGCCUGUGACCCUUUGUGCCUGAUUUGCUGGUUCAGCUGCAUGUUAAAGAUCCCAUGGCAGUAUAAGAAGAGCAGAGAGUUCUCUCCUCGCCAAUAUUCCGUUCUCAACUAAUUCUCCCAACAAAAGAUUAACAGCCUGAUGAUCACAUGGACAUUUGUGGGAGAUUGUUGCUGCAGAAUGACAAUGAGUGUUUCUUCAUAGCAAGCUACUGCACUUCAGUCAUCUGUUGUAGCCUUUAAAUGUGAUAAUGCAUUGUAUAAGUUCAAGUAUUUUGCGCCAUGAGCAUUGAUGUGUUGGGGAAUUGAGUGGGCUCAGCUAAUUAGAGAACAGAACUAUAGGAUUCAUUGAGAAAGUGCUCAGCCUCAGGCAGCCAUGCGAGGGGAACCAAUCACAAGAUUUGGCUCAAUUAGAAAUAGGUUGAAAUUGCAGGAUUAUCUUGGGACUGUUGAAAUUUACUUAAUCAUGUCAUGACCUGGUGAAUAUGAAUACAGUAAAAUCCCACCACUUGCGAGUCCCUCUUUUGUAAAUUCUCUCAUCCGCACAAAAGUCUUUGUACGCAGAUUGCCCGUUGCAGACCCAAAUGUUCGCUAAUCUGCGGUUUUAAAAAUAAAAAAAAAUAGAAGCCAACUUUAGAAAAUGCCAGCAAAAAGAAAAAAACCCUAAAUGUAGUUUUAAAAAAAAGGCGACCAUGACAGAUUUCCUGUAGCAGAAAUUGUGCACUGCCAGUGUGCUGCCUGCUGUUGUCUGCAUGUGGGUGUUCCUUGUUGCUGCGAUUUAAUUCCUGAUCAGUCCACCCCCACUUUCAAGUACUGUAAGUGUGACAAAUUUUACAUUGUUACCUGAAGAAGAGUAAUAUGGACUUGAAACAUUAACUCUGUUUCUCGCUCCACAAAUGCUGUCAGACCUAAGUUUUUCCAUCAUUUUCUGUUUUUAUUUCAGAUUUCCAGCAUCUGCUUUUAUUUACAUUGUUCUCGUUUUAUUUUAUUAAACAAUUUCCCCAAUAAAUCUCUCUUUAAAUUAAUUAAGAGCAUGAUUUUUAUUGCCUCUGAUCCCUUAUACAUGCCUGAACAACCACUGAGGUUUGAGAGUUGGUCAGUCAUUAUUGGUGCACAGUUCAAUUUCAUCAGUGCAGUUUAAAAAUAUCUGGCUGUUGUUUUUGUAAUUUCACGUUCUUCCCCAUGAGAAUAUUGAGAGACAUUGGAAGGAUUUGGAGGUUGGUUAACUGUAUGACCUGAAUGUUCCCUCCAUGGCCAUGACCAUUUUUACACCACUGAUGGGGCUUUGUGGGUUGUCCAUCAGAAUAAUCAAUAUCAGCAACAAAAAGUAUACCCUUGCCUCAGUUGUUGAGAGCUGUGAUGUUGUGGUCUGAUUUGCUGCACCAGAUACAGAGGAAACCAGAGAGGGGUUGAAGAGCAGUGGAUGUACGAAGCAACAUAGAGACUCGUAAUGUAUCAGAACAGCUGCAGGCAAAGGUCACCCUUGGGUUAGUAACAGACAACAAAUGAACCAGUUAAUCUCACUGUAAUGUAUGACAAAAUGGAAAUAAAUUUUUGACUUUUGCCUGAA